AACCAAUCAGGGACCACAGAGGGUCAUCCUGGCACAAGAAGAGGCGACCAAUCAGCCAUCGAUCAUCUUGGAACGUUUCGGGGCGGAUGAAGCAGUAAGAUAGAGAUUAGCCCACCUCCACACUCAAAACCAGUCCGACCGAUACAGGUGGGAUGGACGCCUCUACUCCAGCCGCAAUCUCUCUCAACGCAAGCCAGACGACAGUGAUGGCGUGGAACGACUCGGUUUGGGACGACCUGAAUUCCACCGGCACGUUCAACACAACUUUUCCCGGCGAAGGCAGUGUUCGGGAGGCCCCGUCCACGACGUGGCUCGUCCUGACGGGGUUGGCGCUGUCCCUGCUCAUCCUCGUGGCCAUCCUGGGCAAUGCCAUGGUUCUGAUGGCCUUCAUCAAGGACCGCCGCCUCUGCACUCCUGCCAACUACCUCAUAGUGUCCAUGGCUGUAGCCGACUUGCUGGUUUCUGUAUCGGUGAUGCCGCUGAACGCCACCUAUGAGCUGAUGGAGACCUGGAGACUGGGACGGCCCGCCUGUGACUUGUGGAUCUCCCUGGACGUCACCUCCUGCACAGCCUCCAUCUUGUCUCUCUGUGUCAUCGCUCUGGACCGCUACUGGGCCAUCACAGACGCCGUCAAGUACAUGCACCAGCGAACCACCCGUCGUGCUGUGGUGAUGGUGGCUCUGGUGUGGGUGGCGUCGCUAUGCAUCUCGGUCCCCCCACUGUUCGGCUGGCGCACAGCACAGGAUGUGGCCGACCCGCUUGUCUGCAGGAUAUCACAGGACUAUGGCUACACCAUCUUCUCGACGUUCGGCGCCUUCUACGUCCCCUCAGCAGUCAUCCUGGUGGUGUACUGGAAGAUCUUCCGAGCUGCCCAGCGGCGGAUCCGGGUGCGCGUUGGUGCCCAGGUCCCGCCGGCCAGACGGAACAAGCCCCGAUCUUCUGACAACGAUGACACCGCAGGAGAAUCACGUCCUGUCACACCUGUGCGACACAACCGACGUCAGCAGAAGAGCCAGGACAGAGAAAACAUCAGCAUUAACGUAAAGGUCAUCUCCGUCCAGCCUGCUGUCCACUCCCGACUGGACUCCUCAACCACGACGGCAACCACGCCCGAGCCACAAGCGGGUGGCUCUUCCAGCAAAUCUGCAUCGUCAACUGCAACUACUUCGAAGGGAGCAGCCUACGAGGAGCGGUUCUCCAAGGCGCCUUGCGUGGCCACCGUGUCGGAAGGAAUCGCCGUGAUGGAGCGCGCCUCCGACGGCUUCAACAGCGCCCAGAACCUGAAGAAGAAAAUCGUCUUCUCCAAGGAGCGGCGAGCUGCCAAGACGCUAGGUAUCAUCACCGGAGUGUUCAUCGUGUGCUGGCUGCCGUUCUUCCUGGUGGCGCUGAUCGAGCCUUUCUGCGCCAGCUGCACCAUCUCCCCCCUCGGCAGGAGCGUCAUCACCUGGCUGGGGUACGCCAACUCCGCCAUGAACCCGGUCCUCUACGGCUUCGUCAACAAGGACUUCCAGAAGGCCUUCCAGAAGAUAUUUAGAAGAAGGAACAACUACUAAUGAACUGUGACGUCCUUUUGACGGUAAUAAAUGUGGUGAUAGUGUGGUGAAUAUAUAUAUCAUCAUCAAAGGCAUAUAUAUUUUGAAUAUUCAAUUGGAUUUAGGUACAGCUGAUUGAAGUAAUAAGCCAGGGAGUAUCAUUAGAUUGUGAUGAUAAUAAUGUACAUAGUCUCUCAUUUUUCAUGUAAUGUACGGGCACAAGGCCAUCGUGUACACAGUAAGCUGAUGAUUAGUCGGAAAUAGUCUCUGAUUCUGUUUGUUUUUUCAACAACAAUGCAAGAUGAUUUCAUUUACCCGGUGAGCUAUCUAAGCAAAGAAUUAUCUUACUGUGAUUGAUGGUAGACAUUUUCUAUCUAUCAUUUGUUAUUGACCUUCAGAAGUCAAGACAAGAAUUGACUUUCGUCAACGAGUGUCGCAUAUUGUGAUACUAUAUCAUAACAGUGAAGUGUUGGUGGUGAAUCGUGGUCGGGUCACGGUCAGUAUUUGUAUACGUGUAGAUAUUGCAGUUUUCACAAGCUGUGUCUACCAGAUGAGGUCUAGUGCUUUCUUCAUAAUUGCACGACCAAAGCCUUGUGUACAGAGUAUGUGAGUGGACAAAUUCUUUAUAUCCAUGAAGUUAGGACGUAAGUCACGGGAUGUUGACAAUGUUAUCAUCAUCACCAUCUGCCGUGAUUAAGUCUCUUAUGCCAAGCGUCUAUGUGUUUUAUGAUGUUCUUGACUGAAUACAAAAAUGAGUAUG